AUGUGCGUCGAUGCGUCGUCAUUUUCAAAACAGACAUGGCGGCAGCGAGUAGCGGCAACAUGAGUGAGGCAGCCGCAGUCGACUUAAAUUACUCCACCCGAACACGCAGUUCUACAGUAUGGGGAUAUUUUAACAGAAAAGGAAGUUAUUCAGUCGUUUGCUUUGUAAGGUGGAAAUGGCCUAUCAUAAAAGCACGACGAGUAUGCACUAGCACCUCAAACGACGGCAUCCAGGAGCAGCUUCUGAAAAGGACAAACCACCGAACAAACAGAAAAGUCUGGAGGACUACUGUCAGAGAAGAAAUACACCAUGCACCCCCCAGGAGGUGGCUGUACUUACAGAGAGCAUCUUAUCUAUGAUUUUAAAAGAUAUGAGGCCACUUGCUGUGGUUGAGGGUGAGGGAUUCAAAGAAAUACUGACCAUUUUCCAACCAGGUUACACUCUGCUGUCUAGGCGUCAUUUUACAAGCAUGAUGGAGAGAAAGUAUGAAACUUCAGUGGAGAAACUAAGGAAUGUACUAAAAAAGGCCACAUCCAAAAUCUCCCUUACCACUGAUGCUUGGACAAGUCUGGUCACAGAGUCCUACUUAGGGGUAACUUGUCAUUUCAUUAAUGACUAUUGGGAUCUUCUCUCCUUCAAUUUAGCAACACUGCCAGUUGAAGAGCGCCACACUGCAGAAAACCUUGCCUCCUGGGUGGAGAAGGUGGCAGAAAAAUUCCACAUUUCCUUGCAUAAUGUCCUUGCCAUUGUGCAUGAUGAUGCAAGUAACAUAGUUGCAGCUCUCCACAUCCUGAAAGAGAAGUUUGGAGUGGUGUCCUAUCGGUGUGCCGGGCAUACACUGCAACUGGUUGUAAACCAUGCACUGAAAGACCCCAAGAUUGAUAAGGCACUAUCAGCUGCACGGGGCCUUGUAAAGCACAUCAGGAAAAGUGAGCCAGCUAGCACCAAACCUAAGCAGAAGCAAAAACAGAUGGGUACAGCUGAGCAUAAACUAAUCCAGGAUGUCGCUGUCAGAUGGAACAGUUCAUACUACAUGAUUGAACGUCUGUUGGAACAGAGAUGGCCAGUGGUUGCGACGCUUUCGGCUCCAGAAGUCACACAGCGUGGGAAACAGUACCUAGAUCUGAAAAGUGAUCAGUGGAUUCUUCUGGAUGAAUUGAAGGAGGUGCUCAAGCCUUAUGAGCAAGCCACUAAUGUUCUUAGUGGACAGUCUUAUGUCACAGUCUCUGUUCUUCCCCCCCUGCUGAAAGUUCUCCUGAAAUCCACCCAAAACAAAUCAUUUGAUUCUGCUGCAGUGAACUCUUUCCAGAACAGUGCAGAAGAGGAAAUCUUGUAUAGGUGGCAGCGAGAGGUAUCUGCAUUUCAAGCAGAUGGGAAAAAUGUGUCACUCAUUGCUGCUGAAAUUCCUUUCUCCAGAAGAUGCUCUGAAACUGCAAGUAAGAGUACAGUGGGAGGCACUUGA